GCUCGCUCAAAGUAGUCUGCACUGGAGCAUGGCGGGUGUUGUUAGAUGCAAUCGACGUUCUGCUUGUAUCGGUGUGUUGUUUGGGACAGGCACAAGGCGAAGAAGUGUCAAGUGCGGAAUUCCUUGAAGAGUGGUUAAAGCAUAAAGAACAUUGAUGCCUCAAGGCUGCCAGUGAUGAUAAAGUCUUCACGCGCUGGAGUCGACAGAACGACAAAGGAGUUUAUAUACUGAGCAGUCUGAAAAUAUUGUGGCCCCUACAUGUGUCAAGACAAGUAAUUUCUCUAUGAGACAUCAGCCAGCUAGUACAGGUCGUCACACAGAAACAGUCAGAGUCGGCCAAAUAGCGGUAUGAAAUGUGUGAAAGUUGACAUGAAACCGACAGAAAAUUGGGUAGAUAAAUAAAAAAUCAGAUUAUGUUGGUUCAGUAAAGUUCUGUCGAAACAAGGAAUGCUUGUGGCGAAGUGGUAUUAAAGUGUCGAGUUUUCAGUUUACUUAGAUCCUGUUAACAAAGUUAAAAGUAAAGUUAUAUUUGUAAUGCAGUGACGAGGUUAUGACUUCAUACCACUGAGUAAGAGUACAGAUUCGCUAAUGGAAGAGCAGACGUAUAGACGGAAAGCAAACAGAAAUGAAUGUGAUGUUAUGAUUUUAUAUGAAAUAUAGAUGUAGGAUAUAAACAUGUAAAUUUACUGUUGUGUUCUUUAGUUAGAAAACUUCUAAGAGUUACUCUUCGUGAAGGACAAAUCUGUGGCAAAAACGUAAGAAAAAGCGUGCAUUUUAGAUAAAACAGAUUAACUCUGGUGCGCCCUACACGCUUCAGUGCAUCCUAUGAAAAAAAGCCGCUUGCUUCUUCGAGGCCUGUGACGUGCGCAAUAAGAGAAGGAACGUGUGAAUAUUGGGAGCGAGCAUAAGCAACAACAGUGAUCUUCGAUGCUGGUGAAGGACAGACAGAUACUGGUAGUGAACGCUGGUGAAGGACAGACAGAUACUGGUAGUGAACGCUGGUGAAGGACAGACAGAUACUGGUAGUGAACGCUGGUGAAGGACAGACAGAUACUGGUAGUGAACGCUGGUGAAGGACAGACAGAUACUGGUAGUGAACGCUGGUGAAGGACAGACAGAUACUGGUAGUGAACGCUGGUGAAGGACAGACAGAUACUGGUAGUGAACGCUGGUGAAGGACAGACAGAUACUGGUAGUGAACGCUGGUGAAGGACAGACAGAUACUGGUAGUGAACGCUGGUGAAGGACAGACAGAUACUGGUAGUGAAAGCAUAGCCUUCAUCUGUUGGGAAGCAGCCAUGCAUUGCGGUUAUGAUUUAUAGAUGUGGUAUCACACAAGAUUUUCUUUUGUGAUGUGCCAUUAAACUUCUGAAGAAAAUGCCUUGUUUUAUGGUCAUCUUAACACCUUUCAUGCUCCUUCUGGUAUGCAGUUAUAAAACGAAUUUGAACAUAUGCCCUGAGAGCGAAGUUUGUGAUAGUGGACUCGACAACGUUUCCUGCGCAGACAAAACUCACGUACUGUGAGAAAUAUUUGGACUGCACAUUGUGGACUAGAAACAACACGUACAGCAGUUUCUUUACAUCGCAGCAAGCCACAAAGUAAACAGAGCAUCCUUUACAGUUUAUACAGGUGCUACGGCAGCAAGUGCUCGAUGCAAGCGUUGGCUAUUGAUGUGGCAGCCCGUCAUUCGACUCAUUAUACCAAAUUAUUUCAUCGAUCUUAUUGACAUGAGCAUCAGAACACAAGAAAUAUCGGCAGUCAGCUGACCUCUGGUCCAUCCCAGUAUACUAGCAGAUCCAGUGCUUGGUGCGCAAGUCCUUCGAUUUCAGGAUGGGAGGCAGGUGGCAGCACUGGUUCAGUCUUCACAUUCUUACACUGGCCAUAAUCCAGACGUCCACUGACGCAUACAUAUCGGUGAACCUGGCGUUUUACUGCCUCCCGGAAGGUCCGCCGUCAGUUCUGCGUCUUCAGUCGAAAGGCCCGCGCUCUGCAGUUUUCGUGGACCUGAAUGUCAGAUCUCCCUACAAACCCACGACGGACCAGCAGACCGACGCCGCAAGAUGUCAACUGGAAGUGAUGGCGCCUCCCGGCCACGAGCUUACAGUCAACCUGGAUCAUCCAAAAAAGACCCUCCCGUCCAGGUCAUCAGAGGAGCGACAGGGCUUUCUUCCUUGCUUCCUCAGGCUAUCUGUCACAGGCAAGGCGUCAGAUUACACUGAGACUCUGCACAAAGUGGGGUCUAGAACUGUUGACCUGUGUGGCAGUAGUGAGAUGCCAGUCAACACCCUCUUCCUCACAAACCACCUUACUCUAACAUGGUCUCCACCCAACAUCAGCCUUAGUGGCAAAAUGAUGGCCAAGCGUCUCGUCAUCACGACUGUCAGUAGACGUUUGGAUGUGUGCAGCACCAGACAUCGCUUUCUUUGUCUGGGAGGUCCGAUCUACUUGCCUGUCUGCAUUUCCUCUGAGUUGGCUUGUGACGGGCAUAACAACUGUCCCAUUGCUGGGGAUGAUGAGAAUCCUGAAGAGUGUGAAGCCAUGGCAUUGAAAGGACGUUUGCUCUUGGCUAACCCAGACUCCUCUGAAGAAGGACACCAGUCAAACCCGCACAGUGUUAUAGAGGCCAUGCUGAAAAAAGCUGUCUUGAAGACCUUGGCUGAAGUCAAAUCUGGGAAGAGAGAUGCAACAUCAACAACAACAUCUCAACCUGGGCUGAUGACUCUUAUGUUCAGAGAUAUGUCAGACAUAAUACUGAAAAAAUUUCUGAACAACAGCAAGCGUGACCAGUUGGCUGAGCCCAGUAACUCAACAAUGAUAACUACAACAACUAAACCGCCAUGGCAGGAUAGUCCAGAAGAUGCUACGUUGCCAGCAGCACUGGCACACUAUGGCCCUUGGGGCUACCUGAUGCUUGGGAUGCUAAUCUGUGGGGCGAUUCUGAUGCUCUGUGGACUCUGGGAGUGUUGCUGCCGGUCUUCAAAGCACCAACUCCCAGCCGGUGGCCCGGCUAGUACGUCUGCAGCCACUACAGUCUUCAUCAUCAACAGUGCUGGAGGCAUUGGGAGCCAUAGCAGGAACAGCUCCCAGCAUCAUGAUGAAGCACCUUCCACCCCAGGACCCCCUUCAUAUGAGGAACUUGACCAACCUCCCCCAUACAAUUCCCUCUUUCCAUUAACAAAGACAUCUGAUGUGGAACCCUUGACCGUUGAAGAGAACCAUGUGAUAAGUGGCCAGCACAUUUAAGCACUUCUUUGCUGAUUUGUGAAUAUUAAAACUGUCUGAAUGUGACCAAUACAUAUCUACGAAACGGUAUGGUGUAUAUUUGAAGUAUUAUGCUAGGCUACUGCCAAGAUCUUCAGCUCAUUGUUUCAAGAAACUUAUAAUGUUCAUAAAAAGAAGACAAUUGCCUGCAUUCGGUUGGUAGAAAAACAGGUAAACAAGCUGUUUUAAUUUGUAAACAAUUUCAUAUUAAUGGUAGUCAAAAGAAUUGAACAUUUGUUGUUACAUGGAAGCAAAUGAAGGAAAUUUUAAAUCUGUGAACAAAAAAAUGUUUUACUGACAUUGCAAACAGUAACAAGAGCAGUGUCUUUAGAUAUAAAUCUUGUACAAUUUGAAUUUGAUAUAAAGAGUAUGAUUUUCUCAUUUUAAAAAUA